AUGGGGAACUGGAAGGAACUGGGUGUAGUCCCCGACUCGGACGACGAAGGCUUCGACUCAGAGGACUCCCUGCCUCCACCUCUGCGGCAUAGUCCACCGAAAUCACCGCUUGAGAAGCGGCACGACGACAUUUGGGAGUUUCCAGGCUCGUCGGGAUCUUUCAAUGGCCACAGGGAGACGACGCCCGCAAUCGAGCAAACCCCAGACAAGCACAAUGAACCACGGUCGACAGCUUCAGCGGAUCUUGGACAAGACACUCGACAACCUUGCUGGAAACAGCAAGAUGCACCCAGCAGCGAUCGUGAGAUUAGAGGUGAUGAGGCUGAUCGUACAAACAGGAGCAAAGGCUCCCAAAACACGCCCACAACGAUCCUCCCCGAGAGAGACGAGAUUUCAUCAAGCAUUGUCCAGAUAAAUGCACACUCCGCCAAUCCCUUCCCUGGCAGCUCCCUCGAACCUGGCCCCGAACUACGGCACCUGCGAGAAUAUCACGAGAACGGUCACGACCCUCGGCCGUCAAGCCAGCUACAGGCCACACGUGUUCAACGAGACGUGCCUGUGGAAUCUUACCCACCAGCCGGUCGAUCACUGCGACCUCGAAAGCCAAUACAAGAGCACCCCUAUCUCCUUGAAAAUGCUCAGUACAGUCGUUUCAUGAAGUCACAUGGUGUCAAACCUAUUCAUAUUGCCGUGCAAGAGCAGAAUCUCAGCAAAGGCGACGAUGGAAAAGUGUCUCAAGAGCAAGACUACACAUCUAACGAGAGCCAACCAACCUCCGGUGGCCCAGGCGAAGAAUCGCAGGGGAUCCGAACGAGCACCUUGAGGUAUGCUCUAGAUGAUGACGUGGAUGAGUUGGCCUUGUCACCAUCGCCAAGGACUUCGUCCCCUCGUCGUCAGCUACAGGCGAGCAGUGAGCGCAGUCGCAGUCAGCAGACGGACGACACAAGUAUCAACGGAGAAGAGGAGUUCCCGGACAUCAAACACCUAGCUACGAAACCGGUGAGAACACCAGCCAGACCGUCAAAACGACCAGCGCCGUCUCGACCCUCCACGUUGAAUAAACGACUGAAAAGCAGACAUGAGAUACUCAGACAUGCGCCACCGCCUGUGAUAGUAAACGACGACUGGGACAUUCCGCCUUCACCGGAUCCUUUGCGGGUGGAUCCAACGCUGGCUGACUCUCCGUCUCCCAAUGGCUCGCCUCGGCCCUUGUCCCAGUUAACAGAGGAUCCUUUUGCGAUGACGCCGCUCGAGCGACUAAACGCUGAUUCGGAACUCGGAAUCAAUCGCGAGAUCGUUGACCUCUCGAAUGAUUUAGAUGGCAGCGCAGACGAGGGGCCAUCGGAUCAAGAAGACCGCAGCUCUGACGUCGAUUCAGAAAUCGUACAGCGAAAUGUGAAGAGGAUUAGGGGUGUGCUGCCUGCCUCGUGGCUCAGGUUGGACCAGCAAACCAGUAAGAGCGUACGAAAAGGUGUUAUCAGACGGCCAACCCCGCCGCGCUCUCCGGAUGGGAGACAACGUGGAGUGGCUACAGUCAGGCGUACCAAAGCCAAUCCCGCCAGCAAUUUCCUCGAUGACCUCGGCGACGAUGACGAUGAAGAUGAUGCGCCGAGACAGACGAACGACAUCUUGGAUCUUGACGCUGAGUACGGGGCCAGCUUUCCCAAUAACGGACCAGAAGGUAUUGAUGAUAAUCUGUCGGUAAUUGAGGAAGACUACGUCGACUGGAUGCUGCCCGGAGGGAAACGGAAUCGCACAUCGAGAGGUCUUUCGAACAAAAGAAAGAAGAACGCACAGCAAAAGUUGUUCAAAGGAGAAAAGCGUUACCGCCAACCCCAGAUCUCAAAAUCUUUGCACCGUGUGGAUCGCUCAUCGAGUGGCGGCGUCAGAAGUCGUCACUCCAAAACAAAUGUCAAACAGAGCACCUCUAAGACACGAGCUGCGUCGCCCCCGGCCCUGGGCAUUGUAGAUGUUGUUGAGCCCGGUGCGCCGAGAUUCGUCAGGAUCGCUGCCAGAGCUGCCAGCAGGCGUCAUGAUUUGGGCAGAUCGAAACCCAACAAUAAGGCCAUCAACCUCGGAACUCGCAAGGACAACGUGGAUGUUCACUCAGUUAUCCGAGACUGGCAAGUGGGCAACAUUAAACAGAAAGCAGUGCAGCGGCGACCGGCCGCGGGCAAUCUACAGACUGGUCUAGAGCUGCGAAAGCCAAGACGACCUCUGGGGCAGCUGUCCCCGAAUAUCACGAGACAUUCUGGUGGCCGUUCCGGCAUAUCCUUCACACAGUUGGCGAAACAAGUAAUUAUUGACGACUUUGUGAUCACCAGCGAAGCAGCCACACAAUUUCGCCCAGGGGAUGAUUCCAUUAGACGGACGGCGCUCAGAAAGACUCCAUCACACAAUGUGGGUGGUGGAUACCUUAGCAGGCCAGCGCAACUCGAAUCUGAAGUAUCGCAUGGUACGGACAAUGCAGCUUUUACUGCGAGGAAGAAGAUGCUGGACCUUGUGUUUCGCAAAUCCAGAAAAGAGAUAUUAGCUCCAACAUUCCUUCUCCAAAAGUCCUCGCCGAAUAAAGCACAGCUCGAGAAAAACCCAGUCGAAGUUAACUGCUCCGAGCAGAGCGUACUUGGCCAUGAGGAGCCCAAAGACCAGAGGCCCAAAGAUGUGAGACGUCAUUUCCGCAAGCAGAUUGCGCCGAAGCGACUGGACCUCGAUGCGCCCCAAUUCAGACAUGCGAAUGAUCCGCUCCCAGCACAUGGACCCCUCGUCAACGAAGAAAGCUUUGAAGCACUGCAUCAAGGGCAGAAUAAGAUCUUAGGACUAGGGCCCUACGGCACGCAGUAUACGCACAAUUUCGAGAUCUUCCCCCUGCAAGAGGGUGUUUACUUCCACCACAGCACUCUUAUAGGGAAUGGCACUUUGAGAAAAGCUGUGGGUUGCCAGGAUUUUGGCGAUCUUUCUCAACCUCGACCGGUCACCUCCUUCAAUCUUGCGGAUCACUACUUUCACUGGGGGCACUGGACUGAAACGACGUCUUCCGAACUUGGACUACUUUUUGAUCUGCUCUCAGAACAGCUGUCAACGAUCAAUGAGUCCGAUGUCGAGCCCAGAAGUUGCCAAGCCAUCAGCUGUGCUGACCACGUCCUUCAGUAUUUGAUGCACUCGGUGAGCGUCAAGGAUGGGUCAGACCUCAGAUCAUGUGUUCAGAGGCUUUCGGAACUCUUGCUUAGCUUCUUCGAGCUUACCCAGUCAUUCUCGACAGAAAGCCAGCCUCAUAUAUUUCUUGAGAUCUAUGUACGGUUUCUCAUCUGUGCUCUGGUCGUUCUUAGAAUAUGUCAGAGUGGCGCGGAGCUUUCGAGCGCGGCUCUACAGGCUGAGGAACUGAUCAAGCAAUUCUCAAGGCUGAUUGUCAAGAGGCUUCUCGAAAUUGGCACCUCAGGUGUCCGAGCGACUUAUGAUGAUCUGCAACGGCUUUCUGCCAGGGAGCAAGGAAUCAGGAGCGACAAUUUCACUAUGAUCUGCUGGGUAACUGUCAUCCAGGUGUUGAACUCGGCACACAUUCCUAGGGCUGGCUUCUGGGACGUGACUUAUUCCAUGAUGGUGUCUUUUGACCUACCCCAGAGCUCUGACGCUCAACAAUUCGAGAAGCUGUGGAGGGACAUUUUUACUUUGGUACCGCUUGAGGAUUUCGACGAGACCGGCAUUGUCAAUAAAAGCUUGCGGCAUACUACCCUCAUCCAGGGAUCUCAUGGAUGGGGUUUGCCACAGAAACUUCUCAAACGGGUCUUCGAGUCCAGUCAAAGUAAUCCAAAGCAAUCUCCUAGUUUCAACGAAUACUGCCGAGCUCUGCUGGGCCGCUGCCACUACCUCAUCGAUCAAUGGGGGUGGUAUAAAUGCAGUGGUAUCGUCGGCACUAUCUUUGACUUCUUCGGCCGGCAAAAUCUCUCAAAUCUGAGGAACGAGGAAGUGUACAAGUCACCACGGUUUCUAGACAAUCUCGGUGGCAUGGCAUCUUUGUCUGUUGAGGCCGAGGACCGUUGCUUUCACAUCUUCCUGAAGAUGUUGGGGUUAGCCAUCCAAAAAAUGAGAAGACGUGGUCUUUUCAAUGACAUCCGAAACCUCAUCGCCCGCACUCUUCCUAACCACGAUCGUCAGUAUUCAAAAGAGCAAACGAUACAUGCUCAUGAUCUCGCUGCCUUGAGAAACCACCACGACUUGUUGUGUACUCUCUUCUGGGCCGCCCCUCCUGAGGAACGGCCAGCUGUUCAUUUGAUCGAGAAGUUGGUAUCCCCUGGAAGUUCUCACAAAGAGGCUGUCCUUGUCAAUCUCCGGGCGUGGAAACAGCUUGCGACAUUUGUCGUGUCUUCGGGAGCCGCCGUCGAUAUCUAUCGUCCGUUCAUGUCGUGGCAAAACCACGUGUUCCAGCAAGUCCUUGACCAAUACCUUUCCGCUGCGGCCGACAUCCAACGCCAAUUUAUGUCUAUGCCAACAGAAACCAGGAAGGAUAUUGGGCAGCAGAUGCUCGACAGCUUCGUGUCUGCAAAUCAGACUGCAGCAAAAGAUGUCCUGUAUUUCAGUGUAACGGCGUCCUUAGAAGUCAUGGCACACUGUCCAUCGCUUGUUUCUGCCAUGUUUUCUUUCAACACAAGCCAAUUGAACAAAGCGCUCACCAGUGCCUGCACUGAUGGCAAAGACCUGGACUUUGGUAUCUUGCGGGCUUCUUUCGAAACAGUCGAGCUCUUUUUAGAGCGUUUGGAGAAGCUCGGUGAUGUGCUCAAGGAGGAGUCCAACGACUCUCUCUCUUCAAGUGACAACCACGAGUACAACGAUGCCGUCGAAUUUCUCGAUGAAAAGGUUGUUCAGGCGCUGUUCAUCGCAGUUCGUCAGGUACUGGCCUCGUCUGCGCCUGAUAAAAAAUCUCAUCACGCCUCAGUAUCCGCCCUCCGAGAGAAGGCACUUACCCUCUCGGGUAGAAUUGCGAGCUUGUUCGUCAACGGCGGGAAGAGAUCGCUGAAGCACUUCUUCUCCAUUGGGAAGUAUGGCUUGUUUGAGACUACGCCCCAGAACCUCAGCUUGAAAGAAAGGACCUUCCUGCCUCUUUUCGUGGCCACUUUGCUGAAGAACCAUGUCUUCGAUUUCUCCAGCGUCGGCUGCAGCCAUUUCGAUAUCUGGCUGCUGUCCUUGGUCAAACCUUCCCAUGCUCUCAAGUACGAGGUCCACCUCGCCGAGACGCUCAGGACGUUGAAUCUAGGUUACAUGGAGUGUUCCGCUGUCUUCAGCGGAGCGCGCCCCGACUACUGUACGAAUCGCGACUACUUUGCCUGUGCCAUUUCUUACAUGAGGAAAGAACUUCGACUAGGGGACUCUGGGCGUCGGAAAUCUCUGCGUGCCAAGUAUGAGAAGCUCCUCAAACUGGUAAUGCAGCAGAUGAAGUCAGACAUCACAUCUCUGAACUUGGACUCGGAGGAGCACCAAGGUUACAUGAUCUUCAUCCGCCAGAUCGUGGCGCUCAUUAAGUCCCAUGGCGCCGAAAUUUGUCCAGUCGACCCAUUUUACUUUCAGGCCAGUGCAGAAUAUAGCCCUGCCGCAGAGGACCCUCAGCUACACUCGGCCGGGAUUAUUUCCUACGGGCUCAGGUUGGGAGAAGGCGAGACGACAGCCGGAGCCCAACUGUUCUACUACUUGUACAACCACUUCAAGCUGUCUAUGGCCAGCGGCCGACUUGAUGACGAGAGCAAAAUCAUCGAGAAGGGCAUGAACAACGAUAACAUUCUGGGGUUUUCUCUCAGCCGCAUGCUGCCUGUCGUCAUUUGGGCGUCCUUAACAAGCCCUGAUAUCUGGCCACUGUUAGGCGUUUAUACUAGGGCCCUCCGAGAUCUCCUUGGCAGGCCUUACUUGUCCAGAGAAAUUCCUCGCAAAUGUCUCGAACACUCUGUCGCCCUACUGGAAACGAUCUUGGGCUACCUAGAGAGCCUCAAGGAGAAAAGCACACUUGAGACAGAGAUGAGUCCGCCACAGGUGCAGUUGUUUGUCCAACUGAUGGAAAUCUGCCACGCCAUGCGCCCGACCUUAUCCUGUUGGCUGUUACAGCCGUCAACCGAACCGACCAAGAGGCUGCAGGGUUGCGUCAACAGAAUUACUCGGGUCAGCAGGCAAGCGACUGCCUAUCUGGAUGAGGUGUGUAGCUUGCAAGGCCGUGAGAUGCCGCUGCAACGGAUCGUCGUUGGACAGCUCCUCGCUGGCCUUAACAACACUUCCAUGAGCUCUUCAGUAUUCUCUGGCGCGGACGGUCAAAUGGCCACCUUUAGCCAACAUCUACAGCACGAAGUGCAAAAUAGUUGGAUCGUCACGGAGGCAACCAUCACAGCGAAAGUGGCCCUCACUUCAUCGGCGCAACCGGGCACUCAGCCAGCGCAGGGAGUCAGAAAUGACCUAGGUACAAGGGCUGGUGGGCUCUUGCUGGACUUGAAUGAUCAACUGAGGAAGUGGAUCGAAGAGAUGGGCGCAGGAGAAGGGAACGGGCGUGGUCUUCGGGGCAGGCGGCCCAGGAGACGUGGGCGGGCUGGGUCGCGGCAGACGGAGCAGUGCUGA